AUGGCUUCCUCAAAGACUGGUCUCAUAGUGGUCGACAUGCAGAACGACUUCUGCCCUCCGGAUGGCUCUCUGGCUGUGACCGGAGCAAGAGACACCAUUCCCCUGAUCAACAAGCUACUCGAAUCACCCCUUUUUGAGAUCAAGGUUGCCACCCAGGACUACCACCCGAAAGACCAUGUGUCCUUUUCUGAUAACCAUGAAGCUCCGAAUAACAAGCCAUUCGAGUCCUUCAUUGACAUGGCCAACCUGGUCGCCAACAAACCCGAAGAGACCAUGAAGCAGCGUUUGUGGCCUGUACAUUGUGUUCAAGGCACCAAAGGGGCUGAUAUUGUUGAUGGUCUCCUCACUGAUAAGGUCGACCUGUUCCUCAAGAAGGGCAUGGACCCCCGUGUCGAAAUGUAUUCUGCCUUCGCGGACUCCUUCGGAAACCUCACAUCUGGCACCGGCGGGGUGAGUGACGAUCUUGCGAAAAUACUCAAAGAUCGAGGAGUGACCGACGUCUUGGUGGUAGGAGUUGCUGGUGAUUAUUGCGUUAAGUAUACCGCUCUUGACGCAGCGAAGUCCGGCUUUAAUGUCUCGGUGAUCGAAGAUGCUCAGCGCUGUGUGGACCCGUCAGCGUGGAAUGAGGUCAAAAGCGAUUUUGCCAAUGCGAAUGUCAAAGUUGUUGCGAUGGAUGGUGUCGAAGCGCAGCGUGUUCUGACCUACUAA